AUGCUUCGACACAGACUGGUCCGCCUCCGAUCGGCUCAUUUUCGACUUACUCGUUGCUACAGUGCGGUUCCAAGGUGCGUUCCGGCAACAAAUUUGCUUAAUUUUUUCUAUGCAGCGUUUUUCCGACAUAUUUUUGCAGUUGAAACAGAAUGCCAAGAUUUUUUAUUUUGGCGGAAAAUUUAAAUUUUGAAAAGUAGGAUAGGAGAAAUGGAGCUUACAGCAAAUUUUUAGGGUUAGUAUUUGAGAAUUUAACACUUUCGCCCUUAGGAUGUCGAAUUUUGAAGGUUGAAACAUAAUGCCAAAAUUUUUCUAUUUUGGCGGGAAAUUUGAAUUUCAAAAAGUAAGAUGGUGAAAAUAGAAGUUAGAGAAAAUUUUCAGGUUGAUUACAUGCAAAUUUUGCAUUUACACCCUCAGGCUACCUAAUUUUGAAGACUGAAACAGAAUGCCAAAACUUUUUUAUUUUCGCGGGAAAUUUGAAUUUCAAAAAGUAAGAUGGUGAAAAUAGAAGCUAGAGAUAACACUUAUGGUUCACUUAUGGUUAAUUCAUGCAAAAUUUGCACUUACACCCUCAGGCUACCUAAUUUUGAAGGUUGAAACAGAAUGCCAAAACUUUUUUAUUUUGGCGAAAAUUUGAAUUUCAAAAAGUAAGAUGGUGAAAAUAAAAGCUAGAGAAAACACUCAUGGUUAAUUCAUGCAAAAUUUGCACUUACACCUUCAGGCUACCUAAUUUUGAAGGUUGAAACAGAAUGCCAAACAUUUUUUAUUUUGCAGGGAAUUUUGAAUUUCUAAAGAAAAUUUUUGUUGCAGUAUCAUAGAGAUGAGUUUUUAGCCCGUUUUGAGGCCUAUAAUUAAAUUUUGAGCGACUUUUUAUCUUCAAAAUUACGUUUUUUAAAAAAAAUUUUAUGUUUUUUCUAGCGUGUCCAACUACCCCCAAGAUGUCUACAAACUGGAUCCCAUCAAUCCGGCUGAGCCCAAAUUCGAGAAAAUCCUGAUUGCGAACCGCGGCGAGAUCGCAUGCCGAGUGAUCAAGACGGCCAAAGCGAUGGGAAUCAAGACUGUGGCCAUCCAUUCGGACGUCGACUCCCAUUCGCUGCAUGUCCGAAGCGCCGACGAAGCCAUUUGUGUGGGCACCGCCAACACCGCUGACUCCUAUCUGAGAAUGGACCGAAUCUUGCAGGCGGUGAAGGAGACGGGAGCGCAGGCUGUGAGUUCUUGAGAUUUUUGGGAUUUUUUGAAAUUUUCGAAUUUUUUGAAAAAAAAAAUUUUUUUUUGAAUUUGUCGAGAAAGGUUUUAUGGACUUUUAGAACUGUUUUUUACCGAUUUUUCGAGCGAAAAUUUUUUGAAUUUUUUUGGAUUUUUUUGAAUUUUUCAAAAUUUUUUGCAGAAAAAAAUCAAAAAAUAAGGCGAACUUAUAAAGGCAUAGUUUUUUAAUUUUAGAAAAUUUUUACCCAUUUUUUCAGCGAAAAUUUUUUGAAUUUUUUUGAUUUUUUUUUGAAUUUUUGGAUUUGUUUUUCUGGAAAAAAUUUGGAAAAAAUAAUGGGAAGUUACGGAGAGAGAAAUUUUUGAUUUUUUUUAAAUUUUUGCCAAUUUUUUGAGCGAAAAUUUUUGGAUUUCCCGAUUAUUUUAAAGUUUUUUGCCAUUUUUCCUAGAAAAAAUUUAAAAAAUCAAAUUUGCAAUUAAACCUAUUUUCAACAAAUCUAUUUCCUUUUUUUGAUUUUUCACGAAGAAAAAAUAGAAAUUUUGUAAAAAAAAAAUUUUUUUUCGGUAAUGAAAUAUGGCAAUGUAAAAUCCGAAAUAUCCAGCCAUGGUAAUGUAGGAUUGUUUUUCAAGCUCUAUGCUUGUAUUUCAGGUCCAUCCCGGGUACGGAUUCCUCUCCGAGAACACGCAUUUCGCGGCCGAAUUGACCAAAGCGGGCGUCACUUUCAUCGGCCCAAACCCGAAAGCGAUCGAAGAAAUGGGCGACAAGAUCCGCUCCAAACAGAUCGCCGGUCAAGCCAGAGUCAAUCUGAUCCCCGGAUUCGAUGGGGUCAUCAAAGUGAGUCGAUUUUUUUGCAGAAAUUUGAGACAUUUUGAGGUUUUUUGCAACUUCGCUCCAAAAAUCAUCAUUUUUUUGAUGAUUUUUGGGGAUUUUUUGGAAAAUUGAUAUGGAAAAUUGGAUGGGAAAUAAUUUUAGGCUUCAUAUACCAAAUUUUGAGAAGUAGAAAGGUUCGUUUUUUAUACGAUAAGGUCGAAAAUUUGGAGCUUUUUGUGAAAAAACAUCGUUUCUUUCUAAAAUUCCCAUUUUUCCCACCAAAAAUUGCCAAUUUCAAUGGGAAAAAAGUGCUGUAAAUUUAUUCGAGGACCUUCAUGUGUGACCUCGAAGUUUUUUGUCCCUUAAAAAUCUCAAUUUCUUAUCGAAAAUUGCUAUUUUCCCUCGAAAAUCCCUGGUUUCCGCCAAAAUUUUGGAAAAUUCCCAUUUUUCCUCCAAAAAAUCGCCAAUUUUAGGACCAAAAGUGCCCUAAAUUUAUGUCAGAAGGUUGAUUUAUAACCUAAGAAAUGUUUCGUCUUCUAAAAAUCUCGGUUUCCCAUCGAAAAUUACACUUUUUCCUCAAAAAUCCCUAUUUUCGCCAAGAAUUCCGAAAAUUCCCAUUUUUUCGCCAAAAAUCGCCAAUUCCAGGGGGAAAAAGAGCUGUAAAUUGAUGUCAGAAGAUUGAUUUGUAACCUCACAUUUUUUGUCCCCUAAAAAUCUCGAUUUGUCAUCAAAAAUUUAAUUUUUUUCCAAAAAGUUUAAAUUUUCCGUUUUUUCGCCAAAAUUUUUGAAAAAUCCCAUUUUCCCCUCAAAAAAUCGCCGAUUCCAGGACGAGGACGACUGCGUGCGCAAGGCCAAAGACAUUGGCUACCCGGUGAUGAUCAAGGCGUCGGCGGGCGGCGGCGGCAAGGGCAUGCGGAUCGCGUGGAACGAGAAGGAGGCGCGCGAAGGGUUCCGCCUCUCCAAGCAGGAGGCCGCCUCCUCCUUCGGCGACGACCGAAUGCUCCUCGAAAAGUUCAUCGACAACCCCCGCCACAUUGAGCUCCAAGUCCUCUGCGAUAAGCACGGAAAUGGAGUAUAUCUGAAUGAAAGGGAGUGCUCGGUUCAGCGGCGAAAUCAGAAGGUCAUCGAAGAAGCACCCUCUUCGUUUUUGGACGAGGAAACUAGAAGGAAAAUGGGCGAACAGGGUGGGUUUCAGGAAAGAAUCAAGGAGUAUAAGACCUGUAGAAGCUAGUUUAGACCUUUUGGGAGUGAUUAAAAUCCUUUUUUGAGACCGAAAAUCAUCAAAAAUUUCCGUGGAUAAUAUAUGAAAUUGAUGAAAGUAUAUAUUUUUGAGUUUUUUCGGGCAGAAUUUAGUUGGUAGAAGCUGGUUUAGACCUUUUGGGAGUGAUUGAAGUUCUUUUUUGAACCAAAAAUCAUCAAAAAUUGUCAUGGAUAAUAUAUGAAAUUGAUGAAAGUAGACAUUUUUGGGUUUUUUCUGGCAUAAGUUAGUUUAUUGAAGCUAGUUUAGACCUUUUGGGAGUGAUUAAAAUAGUUUUUUGAGCCAAAAAUCAUCAAAAAUUGUCAUGGAUAAUAUAUGAAAUUGAUAAAAAGUAGAUAUUUUUGAGUCUACUUGGGCAGUAUUUAGUGUGUAAAAGCUAUUUUAGACCUUUUGGGAGUGAUUAAAAUCCUUUUUUGAGACCGAAAAUGCAAAAAAAAAUCAAAAAUUGUCAUGGAUAAUAUAUGAAAUUGAUGAAAAUGUAUGCUUUGGAGCCCAUUCGGUCUGCAUUUUGUUUGCAGAAGCUAGUUUACGAGUUUUGCCUCUUUUGCGACUCUUGCAACAGAAUGCCAAGCAGAAGGGACGCUAAGACUUGGAUUGCAGAGGAUCGAAAACCAUUAUAGAUUAUGAAACUAGAUGGCCUGGGCUUCAAAGUGAUAUAUAGUUCACUUAGUACUCACUCUAUUUUUACUGAGUAAUAUCACUUUUCUUUUUGGACCUAAAGGAUAACUAGAAUUUUUGAAAUUUUAUAACAUUUUUUCCUUGAGGGCAAAAAACAAAAAUUGGGUGUAAAACUACAGUUUCUAGGCGUCAAAAGGAUAUAUCACAAAACUAGUACUACCGUUUUUUUACGGAGUAAUAUCACUUUUAUUUUUGGACCUAAAAGAUAACUCGAAUUUUUUCAAAUUUUUGAACGUUUUUGCCCUGAGGGCAGAGAAAAAAAAUUAAGUAUUAAACUAUAUAAAACUACAGUCCCUAGGCUUCAAAAUGAUAUAUCACUCGACCAAUACUACCGUUGUUUUUACGGAGUAAUUUCACUUUUCUUUUUGGACCUAAAGGAUAACUCGAAUUUUUUCAAAUUUUUGAACAUUUUUGCCCUCAGUGCAGAAAACGAAAGUUGGUUAUUAAACUAUAUAAAACUACUGUCUCUAGGCGUCAAAAUGAUACAUCACUCAACCAGUACUACCGUUGUUUUUACAGAGUAAUUCGCAUUUCUUUCCAGCCAUCCAACUUGCUCAUGCCGUGGGCUAUGAUUCGGCCGGAACGGUGGAGUUCCUGGUCGAUUCUCAGCGCAAUUUCUACUUCCUCGAGAUGAACACCCGUCUGCAGGUGGAGCAUCCAAUUACGGAGCAAAUCACGGGCGUGGAUCUGGUCCAACAGAUGCUCCGCGUUGCCUACGGGCACAAGUUGAAUUUCGCCCAAAACGACGUGGGAAUCAACGGAUGGGCCUUUGAGAGCAGAGUGUAUGCUGAGGUAGGGAUUUUGGAGUAGAUUUUAACAAAAAUUUGAUCAUUUUUUUUGAUGACUAUAUUACUGCAGGACCCAUACAAAGAGUUCGGAUUGCCCUCGAUUGGCCGACUCAGUAAGUAUGUGGAGCCGAAACACAAGGUCCAAGGCAUUCGAUGCGACUCUGGAAUCACCGAGGGGUCGGAGAUUUCGAUCUAUUAUGACCCAUUGAUUUGUAAGGUAGGUUACGGUAGAUUUCCCGCAAUUGGGGAAAAAAUCGGAAUUUUGCGUUUUUUUUUAGUUAUAAUAGUAAAGUUUUGGGAUGGUUUUUUAGAGUAUUGGGAACUACGAAUAUAUUCCAAAUAUUUUAUGGAGCAAAAACGUCAAAAUUUUGAGGUUUAUGGACAAAAACGUGAAAUCUUAUGCAUUUCGCAAAUUAUGGAUAAAAACGUGAGAAAUUAGAUAGGGUUUUAAAAUUUUUAGAGUGUAAAUGACAUGUCAGUGUCAUUUUCAAACUAUUUUCGUCAAUUUCGCGUCAUUUUAAGCAAUUAUGGACAAAAAACGUCAAAUUUUAUGCAUUUCAAAAAAUUAUGUAAAAAACGUUAGAAUUUUGAAUGCGAGUUGGAACUUUUAGACUGUGAAUAAUCUUUUAAUCUUAUUUAUCCACAUUUGCUAUCAAUUUCCAAUCGUUUUUAGAGAUUUAUGAACAAAAACGUCAGAUUUUAUGCAUUUCAAAAAAUUAUGGAUAAAAACGUGAGAAAUCAGAUAGGGUUUCGAAAUUUUUACAGUGUAAAUGACAUGUCAGUGUCGCUUUCAAACUAUUUUCGUCAAUUUUGCGAUAUUUGAAGCCAUUAUGGACAAAAACGUCAAAUUUUAUGCAUUUGAAAAAAUUAUGUAAAAAACGUGAGAAAUUAGACAGGGUUUGGAAAUUUUUAGAGUGUAAAUGACAUGUCAGUGUCACUUUCAAACUAUUUUCGUCAAUUUUUGCGAUACUUUAAGCCAUUAUGGACAAAAAACGUCAAAUUUUAUGCAUUUCAAAAAAUUAUGUAAAAAACGUAAAUCUGCAAAUUUUGAUCCGUCGCAAUUUUUAGCUGGUUUCCCACGGCGCCAAUCGCGACCAGGCCCUGGAUCGGAUGGCGGCGGCCCUGGACAACUACGUGAUCCGCGGCGUCCACAACAACAUCUCGCUUUUGCGCGACAUUGUGGACGAAAGGAACUUCCGCAGCGGCGACAUCACCACCAAAUACCUGUACGACACCUACCCCAACGGAUUCCAGGGCAUUCGGCUGAACGAGGUGGAGAAGAAGGCCCUGGUGGCGGUGGCGUCGGCGCUGUCGGCCAAACGCACCAUCCGAGCCCGACAAUUCCUCAAUAACAGCGAGCUGGGCACCACUUUGACGGGUAGGCAACUCGAAAGUUGGAGGAAAUUUUGGUUGCCCUCAAUUUUGAGCGAAAUCCGAGGGUUUUGAGAGAGUUAGGGAGAAAAACGUUAAAUUUUAUGCAUUAUGGAGGAAAAACGUAAAGUUGUAAUUGGUGUGGAAAUGUCAAAAGACGACUGUAGAAGAGCGGAAAAGCUUGUAGAUUUUGUCUUUUAGCAUUUUUUGGCCAAUUUAUGGGCAAAAACGUAAAAUUUGAUGACUUUUUGAAAAAAACGUCAAAUUUUAUGCAUUAUGGAAUAAACGUGAAGUAGUAAGUAUUACUAAAUUGUCAAAAAAUAGCUACAAUACCAAGAAAUAGCCUUGAAACCGAAAAAUUCUCUCUUUCUAGUCGAUUUAUGCACAAAAACGUGAAAUUUUAUGCAUUAUGGAGGAAAAACGUAAAGUUGUAAAAGCACGUCACUAGUAUGUAAUUUCAUUUUAGAGCCCUAUGACACCUCCUACGACCUCUUGGUAAGCUGGACCGACAAACAUUCGGGUGAAACUGUGCGAUUCAACACUUCAACAAAUUUUGAUGAGAACAGAAAUAUUAGUGUGAAAUGGGAUGAUGGAAAGGUCUCAAAUGUUGAAGGACACUUUACACCGGCUGAUUUGGUCGUGGAAGUAAGUUUGAGACGUGAACUUUGGGUGCAAGGUGGUUUUUUGGGCAGACGAUGACAAGUGCAAUAUAAGAUUUGUCUAAAAUAAGGUGGGAAACUAGUUUAAAAUGCCAAAUUAGAGUAGAUAAUUAGUUUAAGUUUAAUUUUUUUUUAUAAUUCAGCAAAAAAUUAGGGGUUUAGACAUCAAAAAUUUAUAUAAAUUUAGGUCAGAUGUGGGUCCUAAAAUAAGGUCGAGAAUCGCAUGUGAGCCUCAAAUUAUGUUCAAAUAAGAUACUAAAUGGUGUUUACACCCCAAAUGAAGCUAAAAUACGGCGAAAGAUUUUAUGUGCGACAUGAAAAAUCGAUCCGAAAUUUGACCAGACCUAGGACCUAAAAUAAGGUCAGAAGUCCUAUUUUAUGGCAAAUUAUGCCCAAAACGUUUAUUGAUAGACCUUCUACGAUCCCUAAAGAGUAAGAUUAACAGGCAUUUACUGUUUUUUCUCCUCCAAAAUUACGGAAUUUUACCAGUUUUUUUCCAAAAAGUCAUCAUUUUUAGCCUAAUUUCCCAAUUUUUAGGUUCAAAUCGACGGCCAAAAGCGUACCAUCCAGAUUGCGGGCGCUCAACCAGGCCAACUGACCUUGAUCUACAAGGGAACAACAUUUGACGUCAAAAUUUACCCUCAAAGUGUCAGCGGUUUACUGAAAUACAUGAAGGAAAAGCCGAAAUUGGACCUAAGCUCGGUGAUCUUGGCCCCAAUGCCGGGCGCAGUGAAGGCAGUUCACGUGGAAGUUGGUCAGGAAGUAAGAUAAGACCUUUUAUGUCCUAUACUAGAGUUUGAGCCUCAUUUUAAAAAACCGAAAAAUGGCCAUUUUUGGGAGACUGGGACGAUCGGGGAAAAGUGCGAUUGGGGAAACCGAAAAGUAUUAUUUUUCUUUGAUGCAAGUGUCGAAAUUAGGAUAAUCGAAGGCGCUGAUUUCGAAAAUGACAUUCAUUUUUUUCUGAUCUUUACUUUUUUCCUUAAGUAAUACUGUAAAGUAGUAAUUUUUUGAAUUUUUUUCACAAAUACUCGAUUUAGGGGUUUUCGAUGGUGCUGAUUUCGAAAAUCAUGUUAACUUUUCCUCUAGUACUACAUAGUACUAUCUGAUACUAUGUAGUACGAGGUGAAAAUAUGGCUUUUGACGUUAGUGGUGUUAUUUUGAUGCUUGGUACUGCUAUUUCCACCUCGUACUAAAUAUAGUAUCAGGUAGUACUAAAUAGUACUAUAUAGCACCAAGUCUUUAAAAAAUGUUUAUGAAGAGUACUAAGCAUCAAAAACACCAUUAACGUCAAAAGUCAUAUUUUCACCUCGUACUAUAUAGUAUCAGAUAGUACUAUAUAGUACACGAGGAAAAGUUAACAUGAUUUUCGAAAUCAGCACCAUCGAAAACCCCUAAAUCGAGUAUUUGCGAAAAAAAUUCAAAAAAUUACUACUUUACAGUACUACUUAAGGAAAAAAGUACAGAUCAGGAAAAAAUGAAUGUCAUUUUCGAAAUCAGCGCCCUCGAUUAUCCUAAUUUCGACACUUGCAUCGAAGAAAAAUAAUAAUUUUUGGUUUCCCCAAUCUUCUUUUUUCCUAUUUUUCACAAAAAAAAUUUGUUUUAGGUGAAUGAAGGCCAAGAAUUGUGUGUAAUUGAGGCGAUGAAGAUGCAAAACGGCCUGCAUGCCGGCAAAUCGGGCAAAGUCAAGACUGUGAAUGUGAAAGAAGGCCAAACCGUGGAUGAGGGAGAGGUUUUGGUGGAACUGGAAUAG